GGAAAGUGAAGAUCAUGGCAGAAAUAUUUGUGGGGCAACGAGAAUUUACGAAGAAGAGGAAAAAGUUGUAACAGUCUUUGUCCUGAACGCCGUAGUGGGUGAAUACAACAAUAUUGAUACUGAAUUUGACAAUCAGGUUUAUUCGGUCAAGAUCCCAAGUAUCGAAACGCCAGACGGUAACUUGAUUGCCGUUAUGAGCGUGUAUAAGUCACACAAUAAUGGCUCGGGAUCAAAUCACAGUGGUGGAGAUUUUGACGGAGCGCUGACUUUCGGCAGCAGAAUAAUUGAAGUGUCUGUAUUUAGCGAACGUGGAAUUGAAAUCCUCGACUUCAUAGAUUCAAAUAUCAACUUAACAUUUCCCGUCCGCGGGAUGAACGACUACGAGCCAGUUUGUUCCUUCAACAGUGGUAAAGACAGUGAUUGGGCAACUGAGGGGUGUGUUGUGUCGGACUUCAAUGGUUAUGAAGACUCCUAUUGGAAUGACGAUGGUGAUGCCAUUUUUAACAUCACUUGCACUUGUAAUCAUCUCACGCAUUUUGCUGUCCUGUUGCAACUCGUUGAUGAGGGUCAAGAAACAUUUGACACCUACGUGUUGGAUAUCCUGACUAAAUUCGGACUGGGAUUCUCCAUUGUGUGUCUUGCUGUGACUUUGAUAGCGUACACAAUGCUUCGGCUGAUGAAAAGCAUCCGGAUAGUAACCCACGCUAACUUAGCCUUAGCGUUGAUGAGUUCUGAUCUAAUCUUCUUCUUCAUCGACACAAAAAAUGAGGUUGGCUGCACCUUAGUCGCCAUCUUGCUUCACUUCUUCUUGCUGGCUGCGUUCACUUGGAUGGCGCUAGAGGGCGCUUUUUUGUACAUCAAAGUCACCCCAACAUUCCGGUGGAGUAUUCGACUUCCUAUUUGGCUUCUCAUCGGCUGGGGUUUUCCAUUCGGUGUAGUGGUUGUCUCAGCUGCCGUGAAUUUCAGAGGCUAUGUUGGAAAUGGCAGAUGCUGGUUAUCGCUUGAUGACGGGUUUGUUUUGGCAUUCCUUGCUCCAGUCAUUUCCAUCAUUGUAGUUAAUACGUGUAUCUUGAUACGGCUCAUUGUCAUAUUCUUCUCUUUGAAAGCAAACAAGGACAAAAGUGAAGCAAAGAAGUUAAAAGCUGGACUUCGACUUGCCAUCGUUCUGGAGCCUCUUCUAGGAUUACCGUGGGUUCUUGGACUCUUCUACACCGGGAAAGAAACUGUUGUCUUUGCUUAUGCAUUUGUCAUCUUGAACAGUUUACAGGGAGUCUUUGUGUUCCUUGGACAGUGUGUUUUCGACCAAGAGGUGAGGACAUCUUUAAAGUGUAGAUCCUCUAGGGUCGAGUCCAUCAGUGUCCCUCAAGAUUCGACGUCUUUCACAUUGGCAAGCAAGCAGGCUGCUACGGAUCACUAGGUUGGACGUAUUUUUUUUCGACUCGGGGCUCGAUUAUUUUGCUUUGGAGUGGAGCUUCGAUACGAAACUUAAAUUAUGUAAAUUAAAAGUCAACAUUUAACAACUCCUUGGGUUACCUAAAACAUUGAUACGGUAUCGCCUCAACUUUUAGAAGAUAUAAGUGUUACGAAAUUGCGUCAAUAUUGAUUAGACUUUAAUAGUUUCGUUAUACUUAAACUAAUUCAUGUGUUCACUUAAUUUCACAUUAUUUCCAUACGGUAAAAACACAACAUUCAUAUACGAUGUAAUAGCGAGCAGAGUAGUUUAUGGCUUAUACAGUCAAAAUGAGACUUUCGGGGACGAUAGGUGGCAGC